CUCCUUAUUAUUAUCUCCCCGUUGAAUCCGAUACUAAUCUUAGGGCUAUAAUAAUAAUAAUGAUCCGAUUUACUCGUUUUCUAGUUAUGCUUGUUUGAAAUCCGAGCAAUUCAAUCUUCUUCAUUGAUUAUUUUGUUUUUCUUGGAAUUCGAUCGGGGAUUUUAGGACUUGUUUGGAAGGUGAAAAAGGAGAUUUAGGGAAUUUGGAAUUGUGGAGGGGAAAAUCGAAGGGCAUCGCAUCGGAUAAGACGAUGCAUUCGGUUACACCUUAUGUUUUGGAUCUGUUAACAAGUUUACCACAAGCUGCUUCUUUUUAUGGCGUUUUGUGCUCUCAUCGUCUUAAGCCUUGGCCUAAUAGUGUUAGUUAACGUUUAAUUCCUAAACGUCUUUUUUAAUUUCUUUUCAUAUUGCCGGUUUUUGUGUUUGUUUCGAGGGAUUUUUCAGCAGAUCUAUUUCCAAGUAGUUGUAGCCAAAUCUGGUGGAAAUUUUGCGUGUUGACGUGGAUUGUUUCAUAUCGACAUAUACUGAAAGAUCUUUUCUGUCUCUUUAAUUGAUGGCCGUUUGUUCUGCUAGUUACCAGUUGGACUCUAAAAGGAUAAGUUGCUUUUCUGAGUCGUCAAAGGAGACUCUUGGUUGUGCUCCUGGCAAUCCAGGAGGUUCUUUUUUAAAUGAUCUUGGGCACCAUUUCUCUGAAUCUCUGAAAAUUGAGGAUGGUAAAGACUUGAUUUACAAGGAAGAUUCCAACACGUCGGAGGAAGAUGGAAGUGAAGAUAUUCAUGCAAAUGACGCUGACACUGGCAUUACGGACUCAGAAAAAUUCUUGAUCAAGUCUGCAACAUUUCCAUGCUCUGCUAUGAGCACUCCCCCUCCUGAGUUGGUUUAUGAGCAGAAGGAGCAGGAGGCCGAUGCUAAAUCUACUGAUUUGCCUUAUUCACGUUCCGUAUCUUUACCUACAGCUUCGAAGCUUGUAUCUGCCAUUAAAGGUAGCCGUGAGAAACAAGGAAAACCACCCAAGAAGCUUUCUGUGACAUGGGCUCCUGAUGUGUAUGACCCUAUCCCGACAGCAGUUUCCCAUGUGCCAAGCAAGGUACAACGUCACAGGAGCGACCACAGGAAGAACGGGAAGAAUAAGAAGAAAAGUAAUGGCAAAUCUUCACGAGAGAGCAAGGGUAAAGACAAGAAACAAGGUCGCAAACAUGGUGGGAGUACCAAGAGGAGUUAUCUUCCUCUCGAGGAUAACCACAUAAUGACUUGUUCUAGCUUUGAUUCUCUGGAGGAUAACGUAACUGCUCAUUCUAGUGGGCUGCAGGCUGGUGCCGUGGAUUAUGAUAUUGGCAGCACCCUGGAUCCAUUCUGUGGUAGUAGUUUUCUAAAGAAAUCUGUCACAAAGUUGCAUUUCCCAGUUGCAAAGGCGUCAUGAGUUUCCUUUUUAAUCCUGGGGUGCUCUCUUGAUCGUUUCAUCUAGUUCUGUAAAUAAAUAAGUUUGGCGCUGAACUGAGUUGUGGAAGUUGUUAAAGAGUUGUUGGUUUUGGCAUUUUUGUAUUAAACCUUAAAACUUUUGCCCUGUUGGACGGACA